AUGCAGAAGGGUGCUGCAGCAUCAUUAGUCAGAAGCCCAGCCCUACUUUCUCUCUACGCCAAUCAGCCUCAUUCAUUUGAGGACCCCAAUCUUAUCUAUUCUGACCCCUCGGACGUGCAGCCACACACAUUGCCGACCCCAAAGCAACAAGCAGCCCUCGACGAGCUUCUAUCCUUCGACAACGAGAAGAUCCUUGCCUGGCUUACACUUCUGCGGUCCAUUGAGCCGGGUUUCCGGUACCAGGCAGGUCGAGGGUGCCUCUCUAAUCAGCAGCUUGAGGCACUCUCCACAUUGAGAGACUGCGGCGACAGCGACAUCUUAGCAUGGCUCACUCUCAGUUUUCGCACCAGUGAUUUCAACGGGCAGCGCACGUUGAGCAACACCAUCUCCACUUUCAGAUCCCCCGUUGUGCCUACAUCACGCCAUCUACGACAGCCCUCGACAAAUCCUAGCCUAAGAUCUUCGACCAGCUCUUUCGCCCCCUCUGCUGUCUUCAGUAGUAAUUCGGACUAUUGUACCCCAAGGAGCUCUGGUGGCUCCUUAGGCUAUGGCAUCCCUUUGCCUGAGCUUCCCGAGGGGAUUGCCUGCGAUGAUGAGUCCAAUCAUGCACAUUGGUGUACUUACAGGGAACAUUCCAGACCGAUAAACAAAUGUGAAGGCUGGAAAAGGCAUGAAAGAGAACAUGAAACAGGUUAUCUGUGCAUGCCACAUGGACCGGUGGAGCCUACUCGGAAUGGCCUGAUAUGUGCACUUUGUGGUAAAGCAGAUCCCGACGCGGAUCAUCUGGCAUGGCACAACAUCUCAAGUUGCUUCGGCAAAUUCGGGGUUCCCCUCAAAAAAUCAAGAAGGAGCGACAUGGUCAGACAUCUGGCGCUACAUCGUGUUCACAGUAAAGUUGGCGAAGCACUUACUGACCGAUGGCGAUAUGAUUCCAAAAAGAAAUACUUCUCCUGUGGACUUUGUAUUAUGAUCUUCAUCUCGAUCACGGAUCGAUUGAAUCAUAUCGACAACGAGCAUUGGAGACACGGUCAGAACAUGGGCGCGUGGGAAUUGAGCAACUCGAUUAGGGGACUAUUGCUUGAGCCCGAAGUGCAGGCCGCCUGGCGUGCUCUUUUGAGAUCGCAUCCUCUUUUGGUAGCAUCCAAUCUUCGGUGGGAAAUGCCAUUGGCAGAAGGCCUACAACUGAGACUUGAGAUGGGUAAAGAGCCUGCGCUAGUCCUCGCGAAGGCGGCGCUAGAGCUCAGUAACUAUGAGUGGAUACGGUCGAGUCAGGAGGGUUCAAUGGCUACAACGGGUAGAGGAGAGAUGAGCUUUGAUAAGGUCUCCACGGCUCCUCGAAGUCCAGGAGCCGCUAUGGUGGUACCUCUGUCAAAUUCAACGUAUCAAUCACUGUCUAAUCACACGCGGCGGCGUGCUCCACUCUCACGACUUCUGCCUGGGUCGCUUUCUUCGAGUAACGUCCAAAAUUCUAGCACGGGAUUUCCAAACCCGCAGUACGACCUUCCUCUAAAUCCAACAGCGUUUCUCAAUGACUCAUUCCAACCUGAUUAUCUUUACAACGAUACAUUUUCGCAUCCAGCUCCGCUCAUGGACCCAAAUGCUAGCGACACACCAUCGCAGCAGUCCAAUUCUGCUUGUUCCACGGAAUGGCCGUCUAUGGUUACAAGCCAGCCACUUAAUAACAACACUCGAAUCCAAGGUCACCUGAUCGAAAGUGGAGCCUCACUAGUUGCUCAAAUGUCUUCCUCUCGGUAUGGACAAUCAGUGACUAUAGACAGGCAAGGGCCAAUUUCAGAUUCUCGAAACGAUAUAAAUAGUGCCAAUACUGUUAGAUUACCUACCUCGAAUUUUUUUCAUGGCUGGACGCCACAGCUUUCGAAUCAUGAACAUGGCUUCAACUUUCGCAAAAAGCCUCUUCCACCAGUACCUCUUUCAGACCAACGCGGAAACGCAAGUCGAGCUGCUGAACGUAGGCCGUCCACUCCGAUGGAUCUCGGUACUGGCUAA